UCGAUCUCCAAGUUCAUCACCAGCUUCAAGGUUGCUUGCUUGCUCUUGCUCGCUCUUGCUCACUCAAUCAUCACUCAUCUCUUAUAUAUACCCAUCCACCUCCCAGCCUUACUCAAUUCGCAUACAAGGACGGACAGAAAGGGCAGACAGCAGGCUUCGGCAGACAGAACAGACACAUCAACUACACAGCUCGUCCCAAUUGUGCUUCGGGAACUGUCUAAAGCUUCGUCGUUGAACACAGCGACGACCAACACCUCCACGACGUCUCUCUACUUCAACCCUCAGUCUUCAACUCCAACACACACAAUGUCCGUCUUCAUGUCACAACCCGCCUACGCCUACGCGGCAGCUCCUCCACCUCCCAGACAGUACUCGGGAACCAGCAGUGCCUUCAGCGCCUCUGCCAACCCCGAUGAGGACUGGACCAAGAUCUCUGACCUUGCUGAGCGCCGCCGCAUUCAGAACCGCAUUGCUCAGCGCAACUACCGCAAGAAGCUCAAGCGCCGUCUCGAAGACCUCGAGCGCCGCGCCGGUUCUUCUGACGAUGCCGACUCGGACAAGCAGCCCCAGAAGACGACAAAGUCGAAGCGAUCGCCCUCCAAGUCUCAAAAGUCGCAGCCCGCCCAGGCCAAGCCCGUGGUUGCUCAGGGCCAGUUCACUCCUCCCAUGGAGCCAACUGACGAUCUCUUCUUCCCCGGCACCUACGACGACCGGGCCCGCUCCAACAGCCCUCCUCAGUUCACCUACUCGACCUACCCAGCUCCCGAUGAGAUCCUCCUCGCUCCCUACGGCUCGGCCCAGUCCUACCCUGCCAUGACCACGGCCGACGCCUACCCCAACUACCUGACGGCUUCCACCGUGCCCAUGACGCUCCCCUCGAUGACGCACUUUAGCGACGCCAUCAAGCGGGAGUCGUACUCCAGCGACGACGGCCUCGCGCCUUACAUGGCUUACAGCUACAUGCCUCCCAUGGACUUCAACGCCCCAAGCCCCUACGAUCAGUCCAACCCUCAUACUCCUCCGCUCUCGCACACGUUCGACCAUUCGGCCAACUGUUCAGAGGCCGGAUUCGACUAUCCCACCACUCCUCUGUCCAUGCCCGGCUCGCCCGGUAUGAUGCACCCUCAAUGA